AUGGGUCAUGAGGAAGAACAUCACAAGAGGCCCAAGGGGAUCCUCAAAAACUCCCCGCAAUCCCAGACCGCGCUGGGCCAAUCCUCUACCCCGCAAAGCCUAUCAAAUAUAGAACCUCUGGACACCAAGGAGAUCACCCUUCAGAAUACUCUUCAAAAUGCCGGCCGUCGUCGUUCCUCUCAAAGCUCUUUGGCCCGCCGACCAUCCGUUAGCAGUUGUCUCAGCCACAAUGAGGACGAAGACGGUCCUCGACUAAAAUGGGAUGAAGCAAAUCUUUACCUGACCGAGCAGGAAAAGACGGCUAAGAUGAAAAUCGAUGAGCCCAAGACUCCCUUUGCCCCACAUUACGAUCCCGCGGAGGACGAGGAAGAGAUGAGACUUGCUGAGGCACAGGAAGCCUUACUCAAUGCUCAGGGAUUGGUGGUGGAUGAGUUGGAUGGAAAGUCGAAGAAGGAGAGAGAACCCAGACGGGGCGUCUCAGAAGAGGACAUCCCGGAAUUCGAGCUGGGUGAGCCUGAGGAGGCAAUUCCCGUUGAUGCGGGUGCUGGUGGUGGUGGGAGGAUCGUCCGGAAACGGAGUCUCAGUACCGAUUCGCAGAAGGGGAAGCAUGUCGUUGUCGGCGCGCAAGCUGCUCCUGGUGUGGAGGAUGUCGAGAAGGACGAUCGGUUAACUCCCGAACAGUACAAGGAAAAACAUCGGGUGUUCGAGCAGAGGAGGAAGAAACACUAUGAGAUGAAGAAUAUCAAGGAUCUGCUUGCCCACCCCGAGCAGUUGGACGAUGACGAAGAAAAUGACAAUGAAAACGAGGACGAGAACGGAAAUGUCCAUUCUGCGCAUUCUAAAGUACCACCUCCCAUGCCUCAGAUCCCUGAACGUUUUCUCAAUGGCAAGAAAUAG